GCGGCUGGCAUUGAGCCGCACACACUCAUCAAGAUGACCUUCUGGGUGGCAGUUGCGGUUGCCUUGGCGGUCGGCCUUUUGGGGCUCCUCUACCUGGCGGGCUCCUUCCGCCAAAGACGAGCUAACGAACCCCCUUUGGACAAAGGACUCAUUCCAUGGCUGGGACACGCAGUGUACUUCCGAAACGACAAUAUGGAAUUCCUGAAAACCAUGCAGAAGAAACAUGGGGACAUCUUCACCACCUUGAUCGCAGGAAAUUAUUUCACCUUCUUGAUUGACCCCUUUUCCUUCGGUGCCAUCGUCAAGGAAGCCCGGAGUAAACUGGACUUUAUUUCGUUCGCGGCCGAGCUCGUCCUCAGGGUGUUUCGAUUCGAGGCAAACCACGAGUCUCACAAGAUCAUUGAAGUCUCCAGCGCGAAGCAUCUGAAGGGAGAGGGCCUGGUGGUGAUGACCCAAUCCAUGAUGGACGCCUUGCAGACCGUCUUAUUCCAGUGGCAAGGAACCUCCACAGAAGAUCCAAAAUCCUGGAAGGAGGACGGCCUGUUCCACUUUUGUUACAACAAGGUCUUCCGAGCUGGGUAUCUGGCUUUGUUCGGCAUCGAACCAAGCGAUAAACAAAAAGAGAAAUCCAAAAAGGAAGAUGAGCAGCAUACCGAAGAUGUCUUCGUCGAAUUUCGCAAGUACGACAAGCUCUUCCCGCGCCUCUCAUAUGCCUUGUUGACCCCGCCGGAGUGGGGCCAAGUGAAGAAGAUCUGGAACUACUUCUGGCAGAUGCUUUCAGUGAAGAACGUCUACAAGAAGGACAACAUCAGCCGGUGGGUCAGCGACCAGUCUCAACAGCUGGCCGAAAGUGGGGUCUCUGAGGAAAUGAGGGACCGGUUCAUGUUCCUGCUCCUUUGGGCCGCUCAAGGUAACACCGGCCCAGCUUCCUUCUGGCUCCUGGUGAACCUGAUGAAGCACCCAAAAGCCAUGGAGGAGGUCAAGAAGGAGAUUGAGGAGGUGGUGAAGAAGUCAGGCCAAGACCCAGCCUCCCGCCAGAAGCCCUUCAAUGUCACCAAGGAGAUGCUGAGCCAAACUCCCAUCCUGGACAGCGCCGUAGAGGAGACCCUGAGGUUGGCGACGGCCCCGCUGUUGGUCCGGCUGAUUUUAGAAGACAUGGACCUCAAGCUCCACAAUGGGAAGACCUACAAGCUGCGCAAAGGCGACAAAAUCUGCCUCUUCCCUUACCUCUCGUCCCACAUGGACCCCGAAAUCCACCAGGACCCCCAGGCCUUCAAGUACGACCGUUUCCUCAGCCAAAAUGGCAACAAGAAGGAAUUCUUUAAGAACGGUGAGAAGGUAAAGUAUUACGCCAUGCCUUGGGGUGCUGGGACCUCCAUGUGUCCCGGCCGCUACUUCGCCACCAACGAAAUCAAACUUUUCGCCUUCCUGAUGCUGGCUUGUUACGAUCUGGAGCUGAUCAAUCAGCAGGAAAAGAUCCCGGCCAUAAACAAGACCCGCUACGGAUUUGGGGUGUUGCAACCUAUGAAUGAUAUCCAGUUUAGGUACCGUUGCCGAUUCUAAAAGCAGAGGCAGAAAUCAAUCGGCACACAAUAAUCCAAGAUAACCAGGGAGAUUUCACCGGUGAAUUGGUUUGCCUUUAUGUUAGGGAAUUCAAUCUCUCUCUCUCUCUCUCUCUCUCUCUCCCUCCC